AUGUAUCUUUUUAUUUCUGAUGCUUUAAGUAAUCCAGUGAUGUUUGGGAAUCCAGUCAGUGCAUUAGUGACAUUACUUACUGUCUCAUCUAUUGCCGAUGCGUUCUACCUUCCAGGUGUAGCGCCAACUUCAUAUCGGGAGGGAGAUCUGGUCGAACUGAAUGUGAAUCACAUAACUCCUUCCUUGAGAAAACAAGAUGAAGACAGUAAGACAUAUCUUUUUUCCUAUGAUUAUUACUACGGUAGGUUUCAUUUUUGUCACCCAAAAGAUGGCGAAAAGAAGCAAUCAGAAUCCUUAGGUUCUAUUUUGUUUGGUGAUAGAAUAUUCAAUUCCCCAUUUGAAUUGAAAUUAUUGGAAAAUUCUACAUGUAAUGCUUUAUGCACUGUGAAAUAUCCCAAGGGAGAUGCCGACUUUGUCAACGAUAAUAUAAGAAGGGGAUAUCAGUAUAACAUGAUGAUUGAUGGUUUGCCAGUUGCCAGGACUUUAUUAGAUGUUAAGGAGCAUGAAACUUUUUAUAGUUCAGGAUUUAACAUUGGGUUUGAUGAUGAUGAGAAGAUUCCACAUUUAUACAAUCAUUAUGAUUUUUACAUCGAGUAUCAUCUUAGAAAAGACGGUCAAUACAGAAUUGUAGGUGCUACGGUCAAUCCUAGAUCUAUCCACUAUGAAAAGGCAAGCGAUUUAAAUCAGUGUGAGGCAGAAGAAGUUAAUCCCGUUCAGCUGAGUAACCAAGAAGACACAGAAGUGACCUUUUCAUAUUCUGUUUAUUGGGUUCCAUCUGAUACCGUUUGGGCAACUAGAUGGGAUAAAUACCUUCAUGUUUAUGAUCCGAAAAUCCAGUGGUUCGCAUUGGUCAAUUUUUCAUUGAUUGUAAUUUUAUUAACUAUUAUCAUGUCUCACAUCCUUUGGAAAACCCUAAGAAAUGACAUCCAGAAAUAUAAUGAAGUGAAUCUAGAUGAUGACGUUAUCGAUGAAAUGGGUUGGAAAUUAAUUUAUGGUGAUGUUUUCAGAGCACCAACAAAUCCAAUGCUCCUAUCUGUUUUAGUGGGUUCUGGUAUUCAGUUGUUGCUAAUGUCCAUUACCACAUGCGGAUUGGCUGCGUUUGGUCUUUUAUCACCUUCCAAUAGAGGCUCUUUGGCUACAGUGAUGUUUGUUUUAUACAACUUAUUUGGUAUUGUUGGCUCUUAUCAUUCAGCUUAUAUCUUUAAAUUCUUCAAUGGGGAAGAUUGGAAAAUCAACAUGUUCCUGACACCCGUUUUAGUCCCUGGUGUGAUUUUUGGUAUAUUCUUCCUGCUCAAUAUUUUCUUAAUUUUUAUCCAUUCUUCUGGCGCUGUCCCAGCUGGUUCAAUGUUAGCUGUUAUUGUCAUCUGGUUCAUUGUUAGUGUACCAUUAUCUUGUAUUGGAUCUGUUUUAGGCUUGAAGAAGGCGCCUGUCGAGUUGCCAGUAAAGGUUAACCAAAUUGCCAGACAGAUUCCACCGCAGCCAAAGUAUAUGAAGACUCAAUGGUUGGCCUUAAUUGGUGGUAUCUUUCCGUUUGGUGCCAUUGCGAUCGAAAUGUAUUUUAUCUACAAUUCAUUGUGGUUCAAUAGGAUUUACUAUAUGUUUGGAUUUCUAUUUUUCUGCUUUGUUUUAAUGUUGAUUACGUGCAUGCUCGUGACACUGUUGUUGAUAUACUUUUCGUUAUGUAAUGAAAAUUACAAGUGGCAAUGGAAAUCCUUCUUUGUUAGUGGUGGUGUUUCAAUUUACGUGUUCAUACAUGCUAUUUUCUUAUCUGGAUUCAACAUUUCUGGCGUCUCUAUGAUCAUUUACUUGGGCUAUUCUGCAGUAAUUGCUUUAAUUGUUGGCCUCAUGUGUGGUACUAUUGGUUUUUUGAGCAGUAUGUAUUUGACGUUACAUAUGUACAGUCAAAUCAAGGUUGACUAA